AUGGGGUGUGGAGCAAGCGCGUCUCAAGUGCACCCGAUGCCGUCCGGCAUCGUGCCAUCCUUCCACGACCUGGUGUCAGCUAGGCAGCAGCAGACGAUCUCUGAAGCAGCGGCGCGGCACAGCGGUCACGGACUGGGGCUUGCUGUGAAGAGGCGGCCUCAGCCCUGCUCUUUCUUGGAUACGCGCUGUGAUAGCGGCCUGACCAUCGUUCCAGAAGAAGUCGAGACAGAGGACACCAAGCCGAGCUGGUCGUCUUGGGACUCCAGCCACUGGAAAUCGAGUCAUUUAGUGGGUGCACCAUCGCCACCAGAUCGUCGGCUGCAUGAUCGACAUCUCCAUAUCUUGGAUCAGUUCCAGAAGGAUGUCGAGCAACAGCCAAAGAAGUUCACCAAGAUGGUCGAAGCUGGCCGCUAA